AUGAAAGACAAAAAUGUAGAUGUACAGUUUAAGAAGUUAUUGGACAUCUUUAAGCAACUCCACAUUAACAUACAUUUGGUAGAAGCUCUCGAGCAAGUGCCUAGUUAUGUUAAAUUUUUGAAAGACAUCCUCAAUAAAAAGAGAAGACUUAGUGAAUUUGAGACUGUGUCUUUGACAAAGGAAUGUAGUGCCCUUCUUACUUGCAAAAUUCCCCCAAAAUUAAAAGACCCGGGAAGUUUCACCAUCCCGUGCUCUAUUGGUGGGAAAGAGGUAGGCCAUGCUUUGUGUGACCUUGGGGCAAGUAUAAAUCUCAUGCCUUUGUCCAUUUUUAAUCAGUUGGGAAUUGGGGAAGUUCGACCUACUACCGUGACUUUGCAAUUAGCGGAUAGGUCCUUGGCAUAUCCGAAARRUAAAAUUGAAGACAUCUUGGUUAAAGUGGACAAAUUCAUCUUUCCAGCCGACUUUCUAGUGUUAGAUUAUGAAGCCGAUAGGAAUGUUCUGAUCAUCUUAGGGAGACCCUUUAUUGCUACGGGUAGGACAUUGAUUGAUGUACAAAAGGGUGAGUUGACCUUGAGAGUAAAUGACCAGCAGUGGAGAGACUGUGUCCACAGUGGAGACACUGUCGGCAUGGCAGAAGACAUUUGUGAAGAAGACUUACUUGAGGACAUAGCUGCCUUUGAACAGUUAGAUUUUAAAGAUAUACCAACCCAAACCCCGUCCAUUAUAGAAGCACCCGAUUUGGAGUUAAAACCACUGCCUUCACAUCUUAAGUAUGCAUAUCUUAUCGAAGGAGAAAAAUUGCCCGUGAUUAUUUCUUCCAACUUAAGUAGUGAACAAGAGGAAAGGUUGAUAGAUUUGUUGAAAGACCAUAAGAAAACUUUCGGUUAG